AAUGUAAUUAUCGACUGGAGGGGCUACAGUUAUUUCGCAAAGGUUUGAUUUAAGUUUGAUCAGACUUAGUUCAGUACACAACAACUAAAAAACAGGAGCCGCUACCCUGAGAAGCAGGAGUGGAGUGAAUGAAACUCAAGUAAGGAGGUAUUUAAGAAACCGAGAAGGAAAAACAGCGUGACAUUUGCCUUACAAAAUGUUGCGGAGCAGGUGCGUCUACCACUUCUGUUUAUUAUUAACGGGCCAGCUGCUCUGUUCGUGGGCAGUGCCCAUCAGUGUGGACAAGACGAAAGUCAGCCCUCCAGAAGAGAAAGUUCCGGAACCUCCACAGAGUGUGGACACUGGACUGCACUAUGACCGUUACCUCCGGGAAGUCAUCGAUUUCCUUGAAAAAGACCAGCAUUUCAGAGAAAAGCUUCACAACACAGACAUGGAGGACAUAAAGCAAGGGAAGCUGGCCAAAGAGCUGGACUUUGUCAGCCACCAUGUGAGAACCAAACUGGAUGAGUUGAAAAGGCAAGAGGUGAGCCGACUGCGGACGCUGAUCAAGGCCAAGCAAGACCUUGAAGGAGGGAAUGACAAGGCAGUGGAUCACCAGGCCCUGCUCAAACAGUUUGAGUACCUGAACCACAUGAACCCACACACAUUCGAGGUGGAAGACCUGGACCGGCUCAUUAAAUCGGCCACGAACGAUCUGGAGAACUACGACAAGGAGCGCCACGAGGAGUUCAAGCGCUACGAGAUGAUGAAGGAGCAUGAACGGAGGGAGCACCUGAAGGCCCUCGAUGAGGAGGGCAGGAAGAAGGAGGAGGAGCACUACGAGGAGAUGAAGAAGAAGCACGCCGACCACCCCAAAAUCAACCACCCGGGCAGCCAGGAUCAGCUGAAAGAGGUCUGGGAGGAAGCAGAUGGUCUGGACCCCGAGGACUUUAACCCAAAGACUUUCUUCAACCUACACGACACAAAUGGUGAUGGCUUCUUUGAUGACCAGGAACUGGAGGCACUCUUUACCAAGGAGUUGGAGAAGAUCUACGAUCCAACCAAUGAGGAAGAUGACAUGGUGGAGAUGGAAGAGGAGAGACUCCGCAUGCGGGAGCAUGUCAUGAAUGAGGUUGACACCAACAAGGACAGGCUGGUCUCCUUAGAGGAGUUCAUGGUUGCCACAAAGAAGAAAGAAUUUUUGGAGCCAGACAGUUGGGAGACCCUGGAACAAAACCAAGCCUACACUGAGGAGGAGCUGAAAGAGUUUGAGGAACAUCUGGCCAGAGAGGAGAAAAACCUCAAUGAGAAAGCAGUGGACCUUCAGAAACAGAGAGAGGAGCUGGAGAGACAACAGGAGCAGCUUAACGCACAGAAAGUGGAACUUCAGCAGGCCGUUGAACAGAUGGAGAGAUUAAAACUUCAAAAAGUAGAGCCUCCCGCAGAAGUUAAAGGUAUUGACGGGGAGAAUGCUCCACCAGCAGCACCUGACAACAACCAGAUUCUGCACCCAGGCCAACAGCAGGACACGCCCACGAACUUAUAGCCCCAUGUGCUCUGAGUGCGCGUGUUCAUGUGCGUGUAUGUGUGAGUGUACACCUGCAGCCCCAGUAUGACAUAAACACAC